CACUGUCUUUUCAGUUUCUGUGAUACGGCGUGACACUCGUCAAAUUUUUUUUACUGAACUUUGACUGCCACAUUUUGCUGAAUUUUUUUCAUUAAUUGCUCUUCUUUGACUACCAAAGUCCGAAUUUCGUCAUCAGUUCUAGAAUGAAUCCUAUGCGAACCUCCGCUGACCAGAAUGGCGAGCAACCAGAUCGUCCCUUAAAUCUAGCCGCCCUUUUUAUGCGCUUUCGAGCUAAUUUUUUGGCCAGAAACCGUGCCCGAAGUGAGCCAUUGAAUCGUGAGGGUGCUUUACCAGUGCCGUUGAAUCCGGUCGGUGUUUUACAAGUGCCGUAUCCUCCGUACUUCAAUUACCCACGACACGCCGCUAUACAUCGGCGCGCGGCCGCGGGCCGUAUUCCGGAUGUCAUUAUCGACCUUUCUGGCCCUGAUGAGGAAAGGCCGCAUGCUGCCCGCGGUCGUUGGGGCAUUGCUGAAGCGAUCUUCGGGAACCGUGGCGCACAGAUCGAUGGCGCACAGGCUGUGCGACGCAGCGAACGCAUUGCCCAGUUAGUCAGAAAUGCGGUCCCACAAGCAGAAGCAGAGGUGGAGAACGUGCGCCAAGGAAGCCGCCGCCAUCGUGCUGAAAACGGAAAUGAAGUCGACGAUCAGAAUCAGGCCGGGCCGCCAUCAAAACGUCCCCGGCAGGAUGGGGAGGAGGACACCAUGGAAAGGGGAUAUACGUGUCCAAUCUGUAAUUCUUGUGUCUCGUAUCGGAGGCCUGUGGCGACCCGCUGCGGGCACGUAUUUUGCCGGGGAUGCAUAGAUCAGGCUUUAAAGAAUAAUAAGAAGUGCCCCAUCUGCAACGGCAAGGUCAAGGAGGCCAAUGUACAACCUUUCAGCUUCAUGAUUCCGCUGGGAUUCCACUGCGAUUCAUUUAUCAUUCCGUUGGAGUAG